CUCCCCGCUCCCUACCGUGUCCCCGGAAGCGUUAGAUCUCUUCCCCUACUGAGGCUGUGACACAGAGGAGUCGCGGCGCUCUAGGCGCCACCACCACCAUGGUUCCAGCUGUCCGCGCCGCUCGAAAGGCUACGUGGUGAGACCGGGCCAAGCUACUGGUACCACAUUCUGAAGCGCGGCCCCGCCCCCGACCUCCACACUUCCCCUUCCCAUGGCUUGGACACACGUGGAGACCACUGGGGGAAGGAGGCAGCAGCGGUGCUGAGGCCGGAGGCUGGAGCCCUGGAGCCCUGGCCAUGGCCGGCCAGUUCCGCAGCUACGUGUGGGACCCCAUCCUGAUCGUCUCGCAGAUCAUCCUCAUGCAGAACGUGUACUAUGGCUCGCUGGGUCUGUGGUUGGCGCUGGUGGACAGCCUGGUGCAGAGCAGCCCCACUCUGGACCAGAUGUUCAGCCCGGAGAUCCUGGGCUUUUCUACUCCUCCUGGCCGUCUCUCCAUGAUGGCCUUCAUCCUCAAUGCUCUUACUUGUGCCCUUGGUUUGUUAUACUUCAUCCGUCGAGGGAAACAGUGUUUGGACUUCACUGUCACAGUCCAUUUCUUCCACCUCCUGGGAUGCUGGAUCUACAGUUCCCAUUUCCCCUCAUCACUGACUUGGUGGCUGGUGCAUGCUGUUUGUAUUGCCCUGAUGGCUGUGAUUGGGGAGUACCUCUGCAUGAGGACGGAGCUCAAGGAGAUCCCCCUUAACUCUGCUCCCAAAUCCAACGUCUAGGAGAUUGGCUUCUGGGGCCAUGCAUACCCUCCAGGUCUUUUUGCUGGCACUGAGAGGGACUUGGCCAGCGUGAAGUUGACAAUGGUGUGGGAGAAAGCAGGCUCCACCAGUCAGCCAGGGGCAGUCAACUGGCAUAAGCUGAGGCAAUGAUGUCUGCAGGGAAGAAAUGCAUCGGGAAGAGAACCUUUCCUAUAGGCAAAGGCAGAAUGCAGGGAGCAAGCCAAAAUUGGAGACAUCUCUCUCUUUCCACUAUUCUCGUCAUCAUCUUUUUUUUAAAGAGAAAAAAAUCAAGAAACUCUAAUUGGAGUAAAUCACCUGCCUGGAUCUUCACCCUACCUACUUGGAAUGGUUAUAACUUCUCCAGUUCUGCUGGACCAGAGGAGUUCAGUUUGGGGUAAUACGUGUUUCUGUGGACGGGGAGAUCGUAAAUGGUAGUCAUCAAGGCUGAUGGAGGCACGGAAGGCUAGUGAAAUCCCAAGCCUCUUGCCGUGAAACACACAUACUGACCAUUGACCUUCCUUUGGCUCCCGUUUGUCUGUCCUAUCCCUUGCCUCUGGUUCUUAUGAGAGGCAGCUCCUAGUGAGCAUAUGCUGGCAGUUACUCCCUCCUUUCCUUGGUACUAUAGUAUAGAUGAGAAUACAAAAUGACUCAGUGAUGGGACAGCCCAGCGUUCCACCCAUCCAGGGUUUUUCUCUUGCCAGUUGGGGAUGAUGUGGCAAGUAGGAGGAGGAGGAGGUAGUGCUUCACUGUCAAGAUGCUGCUUUGGGAAAGGAUUUCCUGUUGGAGUGGCUGAUAGCUGCUUGACUUCCUUUGUACAUAAAUACAGUAUUUUCCAGUUCUGCCUGUGCUGACUUUGUGUUACUGUGAUAAGCUAUUGGGAAGAGUGUCUCACAAAGGUACAAGCCUCUUGUUUCCCUUCUUGGGCUGUAGGGGCAACCUUUCCAUUGUACCAGCAGAGCAGGAUGGUAGAGGAGAAAGAGCACAAGAACUGGAAUGAGGAGAAGGGUUCCAGUCCUGGUUUGGACAUGUGACUGAGGGCUAUUCUCUUCCCCUCUUGUAAGCCUCAGUUUCCUUAUUUGUAAAAUAGGGAUAAUAACACUGUUCCAACCUGACUCACUGAGCCGUUGGGCUGACUGCAUUUUGUAAAGCCUUAGAGUACAAUCGAAACAAGAGUUAUUAAUAAAUUUGUAAAGAACCA